AUGGACGCCCAAAGGAAGCUAUUCCUCCUUUGGAAUUCAACCACCGCCCCGGAACAAGAUGAUUCUUGGAAGCAAGAGAUCAACAUCACAGCUAUCCACGACCCUCCGUACUUCUUCAUCAAACAUUUGGUGAACGGCUCACAUAGCUUCGGUGGAUACAUGCACGACGUGUGGCAAAUUAUAGCUGCCAAUAUGGAUUUCAAGUACCGCAUCAUUCCAUGUCCCGGAGGAGGGUAUGGUGUCCUGGACUCGAACGGCACUUGGAACGGCAUGGUGGGAGAGCUAGCGUCACGACGUGCCCACCUAGCGCUGAACGGGUUGUUCUACAAUCGCCAGCGAACCAGCGUGGUGGAUUAUGUCAGCUCGACGCCACUAGACCAGCAGCAGAUCAGUUUCUUUGUGCGUCGCGGGUCACGCGCGAUGCCUAGCUUGUCAGCAGAGUUGUUCGCAGGUCUUCUCACACCGCUCGAUAACACCGUCUGGUGGGCGUUGCUUGCCUCGAUGAUCGUGCUGUGGUUGGCCCUCUGCGUGACUUUGCGUCUGGGCGACCGCCGUACGCAGGAUCCUCAAUCGACGAACGAUCUUCACUGGACCCUGUGCCCGCUGUUCAUUUACAGCACGAUAGUGUGCCAGGGGUGGAGCAUCGUCCCUGAGGUCCUCUCCGCUCGCACUGUCACCAUCUUCAGUUGGAUACUCGGCCUCAUCAUCUACACCUCCUACACGGCCAACUUAAUCUCCCACUUGGCUGUAGACCGCAUGCAACGACCCAUCAACAGUCUAGAGGAAUUCUCCAAGCUCCCAGACUGGUCUCUUGCCGUGGAACCUGGCACCAGUCUCAUCAGCGCAUGGAGAUACAGUCACAAUCCUUACGAGCGACAUCUGUACAGUCGAGUCCUGGACGGGAAGAAUCUGGUGUAUCUUAACGACUCCGAGAGCGCCGUCCAGCGGGUUCUGAGACCUCGGGUUCUCGUGCGCCGAUGCUGCGAGACCGGCUCGGCACAGCCUGGCACAGCCCAGCUAGGCGGAGUCUGA